ACAGCAGACAGGAAGCGGUUGUUGGCAGGGAAGCGUCUGCCAACUGACGCUGCGUUGUCGUGCUGUACAGCUAGCUUAUUAGCUGGCUAGCUCAUUUUAACCAAAGUCCAACAUUUGCAGCUGACGAGGGGACAGCAUUCUUGUACAGCAAACGACAGGGAGAUUAGCCAGAUGAAAAGCUUUAGCUUGCUACUCUUUGUUGCUAGGCAACAGGACUCUCCACUGAGUGUCUGAGGGAUCUACUGUAGGCACCAUGUUGGUCCCCAUAUUCACUCUGAAGCUGAACCACAAGAUUAACCCUCGCAUGGUGACUGUUGGGAAAUUUGAUGGAGUCCAUCCAUGCCUCACUGCAGCCACUCAGGCUGGAAAGGUUUUCAUCCAUAACCCUCAUGCCCGUGGUCAGAGACAUGUGGCCCACCGACUGAGCCAGAGCACCCAGGACUCUGACAUCUCUCUGCUCAACAUUAACCAGGCUGUCACUUGUUUGACAGCAGGAAUGCUGGGACCAAAUACUACUGGGGACACGCUGUUGGUGGGAUCCCAGACCAACCUGCUGGCUUAUGAUGUCCAUGAUAAUGCUGAUAUUUUCUACAGAGAGGUGACAGAUGGGGCCAAUGCUAUUGUGUUGGGAAAACUUGGGGACAUCCCGACACCUCUUGCCAUCAUUGGAGGGAACUGCGCAUUGCAAGGCUUUGACUAUGAGGGCAACGACCACUUCUGGACAGUAACCGGAGAUAAUGUCAGAUCUCUGGUGCUCUGUGACUUCACUGGGGACGGGAAAAAUGAGCUCCUGGUAGGAUCAGAGGACUUUGACAUUAGGGUGUUCAAAGAGGAUGAGCUUGUGUCUGAGAUGACAGAAAACGAGACAGUAACAUCACUGUGCCAUAUGCAUGGCAGCAGGUUUGGCUAUGCCCUGGCCAAUGGCACUGUGGGGGUUUAUGACCGCACUGCACGCUACUGGAGGAUUAAGUCUAAGAAUCAUGCAAUGAGCAUCCAUGCCUUUGACUUGAACGCUGAUGGGGUAGUGGAGCUUAUCACUGGUUGGUCCAAUGGAAAGAUCGAUGCUCGUAGUGACCGGACAGGCGAGGUCAUUUUCAAAGACAACUUCUCUUCUUCUGUGGCCGGAGUGGUAGAGGGAGACUACAGGUUGGAUGGGCAGCAACAGCUUAUCUGCACCUCUGUAGAGGGAGAGGUCCGUGGCUACUUGCCAGCCAGUAAGGACCUCAAAGGGAAUCUCAUGGAUUCCAGUGCUGAACAGGACCUCAUUCGAGAGCUCAGUCAGCGCAGACAGAAUCUGUUGUUGGAGCUACGCAACUAUGAAGAGAAUGCCAAGGGAGUGUCAGAGACAAACAGUGGGAUGGGUGUCAUACCAGCCAACACUCAGCUGCAGACAGCACUGUCGGUGAGACCUGCUUCGGAGACCCAGAAGGCUCAUGUCGAGCUAAGCAUUUCAACACCAAAUGAGACCAUCAUCCGUGCUGUGCUCAUCUUCGCAGAGGGGAUAUUUGAAGGGGAGAGCCACGUUGUCCACCCCAGUGCCCAGAACCUGUCAGGCUGUGUCCGAGUCUCCAUUGUACCCCCAAAAGAUAUACCAGUAGAUCUGCACAUCAAAGCCUUUGUUGGAGGGAAAAUUAGCACCCAGUUCCAUGUUUUUGAAAUCACUCGUCAGCUGCCUCGUUUCUCCAUGUAUGACAUCACUACUGACUCCUCUGCUGCGCCGCCCUCUGGAAGAGUCACCUUCACCAUCAAUGACCGACCACAGCGGGUGGUGAUGUGGUUGAAUCAGAACUUCCUGCUUCCAGAGGGAGUUGACACUCCUGAUGUCACUUUUAAUUCACUAAGAGGAGGGGGACUGUUGUCCAUCACCAUGGCCAGCAAUGGACAGAUCACACUGAGAACUGAUGACAUUGACCUGGCAGGAGAUCUGGUCCAAUCACUGGCCUCCUUCUUUGCAAUAGAGGACUUGUCAGCAGAAGCAGACUUCCCUGGAUACUUUGAGGAGCUACGCUCUACACUCACUGAGGUGGAUGAGUUCCACUCUGUCCAUCAGAAGCUAACUGCAGCUAUGGCCGACCACUCCAACUACAUCAAGAACAUGCUGGUGCAAGCGGAGGAUGCUCGCCUUAUGGGUGACAUGACAACUAUGAAGAAGCGUUACAGAGAGCUGUAUGAUCUAAACAGAGAUCUGAUCAACGAGUAUAAAAUCCGAUCAAAUAACCACAAUGCACUACUGGCCUGUCUCAAGUCUGUCAACCAGGCCAUACAGCGGGCCGGUAGGCUUAGAGUGGGAAAGCCCAAGAACCAAGUGAUCUCUGCCUGUCGAGAUGCCAUCAAGAGCAAUAAUGUCAACGCACUCUUCAGGGUCAUGAGAGCUGGCACUGCGUCCUCCUGAGGGUGGAAGGACAGUGGAUGUGAGAAUGGACAAACAGAUUCAAGGAAGAGGGAUGGUCAGUACUGUAAUGUAGAGAAUCAUCUACUUCAAGCAAGACUGAUGAAUAAUGAGCCUGGGAUGAGACGACACAAGGACAUGAAAAGCAGAAGACACUUAAGACUGUGGAAUGAGGAUGCUGUUGUAGCCUUAAUCUAUUUAUUUUCCAAUUAUUUAGGAGUAAGCAAUGGCCUGGAAGCAACAUUUGCUACCAGUUUUACUUCUGUUGCUGUUUGGAGGAGCUUGUUGUAGUGCAGGUACAGCUUGGCUAAAUAUCUCUCUAAACUAGUUUAGGACUUGGUGGGCCAAAGUGAACAUAACUGUUCACGGGUUUCAGCUGGACCAACACAGGUACUGGAGGCUUUCCCCAAACUGAGUAUAGUGAUGCUUUAAAGGAAUUAAUUCAUCUGAAAGGCUCAUGUGAAAAGAAAAGUAGUCUUUUUUCUUCAGAUGUACACUCACACAUGCUGUCUGACAGUACCAGUAGUUCAGAGUAACGAGAGAAAGAGUUCAUGUCCAUUCAGUGUACUAGAGGUGUUCCAGGUGUUGCUGCAGAUUUGUCAAAGAAAUGUUAAGCCUUCAGAAAAGUCAUCCAAACUUACAGUUUCCAACAAAGACAAAGGUUUUGUAUAAUGUUGGGUUGGCACCCUGACUGUUCAACCCAGUUAACACAGCGAUGUUCAGUAAGAGCACAGCUGGAGCAAGACAUAGCAGCUCCAGCAGCUUCUUCUCAGAUGGGGAGUCGUGCCAUUGUAAUAACUCAGGUCUCUGCUCCCAGCUGUUUUGUGUUUGUAGCCAAAGAAAACUGUUUUAAAUGAAUGAAUGUCACAGAGGACCAGUGCUGUGUACUGUGUGUUAAACUUGUUUACCUUUUGUAGAUGGUAUACAGAUGAUGUAAAUGUAAUAUUGUGUUUGUGGCACAUAAACUAUUAUUAAAUUAACUUGUGUUUUAAAA